AUGUCAUUUCUCGAAAAAAUAAAAGGAUCGAAUAUAUUCCCAAAAAGACCGCCUACGCCAAACAAUCCAGCUAUAUCUUCUAAAGUAUUGCCAUCUAAUCCGCAAUUGUUAUUUCUGAGCAAAGAAAACAGCCAAGCUGCCCGUUCUGAAAAUAAACCACUAGCACCCACUACUCAGCCACAGAGCCAUGAAGCAUCUGCUGGAAAAUCUGCAUGUCUGUCAUCAUCUCAAACAUCUUCCCAUGCAAACACCAGCUCUGCUACUAAUUCUUCACCUUCUGCAACUAAUGCUAGAGGGAAUACCCAAGGCAGCCCAUCGUCAUCGCAUGGCUCAGCAACUACAUCGACGCGCUCCACAUCCACACAGCUGGCAUUAUCCAAGGCAGCGCAUUGUGCGACUGCCAGCACAGCUAGCCCCAAUCCAUCAAUCUUGCCACAACUGAGUGCAUUACCAAUCAUGCUUACUUCCACGCCAAAAAAAACCUACGGUCUUGCAGAUCUGCAAAUCAAUCGUACACUUGGUACAGGUUCAUUUGGUCGUGUUCAUCUUGUCAAACUCAAAUCCAACAACAAAUUCUAUGCCAUGAAAGUGCUGCGCAAAACAGACAUUGUAAAAAUGCGCCAAGUUGAACAUACCAUCAAUGAGAAAACCAUUUUGGAGAAAUUGGAGUUUCCAUUUUUGGUUAGCUUGCUGACUACGUUUCAGGAUAGUGCAAAUCUUUAUUUUAUUCUAGAGUAUAUUCAUGGUGGCGAGUUGUUUUCAUACUUGCGAAAGUGUGUUAGAUUUCCAAAUCAUGUUGCUCGAUUCUAUGCAGCAGAAGUAGUAUUGGCAUUUGAAGAGCUUCACUCAAGAAACAUUAUUUACCGUGAUUUAAAGCCCGAGAAUCUACUUAUUACUGCUCAAGGACACAUUAAGAUUACCGAUUUUGGAUUUGCUAAAAUUGUGCCUGAUGUUACUUGGACUCUUUGUGGCACACCUGAUUAUCUUGCACCCGAAAUUAUCCAGUCAAAAGGAUACAGCCGUGCCGUUGAUUGGUGGGCACUUGGUGUUCUUAUAUUUGAAAUGGUUGCAGGAUAUCCUCCUUUUUACCACGAAGAACAUAUGAAAAUCUACGAAAAUAUUCUUGCCAGUCGACCCAAAUUUUCAUCCGUUUUUGAUCCAUACUGUAAAGACAUUGUGAAACGCCUUCUUCAAUUAGAUCUGACAAAACGGUUUGGUAACCUCAAAGGCGGUGUGUCAGAUAUCAAAAACCAUCGAUGGUUUGCUGGAUUGGACUGGGCAAAACUUCUUGCGUUGGAUAUUCCUGCUCCGUAUAUCCCUCCCAUCAAAGGAGAUGGUGAUACAAGCAACUUUGAUGUCUAUUCUGAAGACUACGCUCCAUAUGGUUCCAUUGAACCAGAUGUACACAGAGAUAAAUUUAAAGAGUUUUAA